UGUUCUUCCAGUUCAUCCGGGUCAGCCAGUGUGUGUAGAUGUCCCGUCAUCGGAGGCGGACGUGGUCUUGGGAAUGGCCAUGAAGCUGACCUGCAUCUCAUGCAUGCAGAGGGAGGAGGUCAUAGCAAUGACACAUGUGGACUGGUACUACCUGCCCCAGAAAGACUCAAACAAAACUCAGGAUCGUAUACUUAUUUUCCAGUAUAAGAAUGAAAAGACGCUGGAGCUGGAGGGGCCGUGGCAGGGCCGUCUGCUGUGGAACGGGAGGGACUUACAGGACGUCUCUAUUACAAUCCUGAACGUCACGUAUAACGACAGCGGUACCUAUGAGUGCCAAGUGAAUCGCAAGUUUAAAUUUGAAUACUACAGUCCCUCUGUCACCAAGACCAAGGUAAUCAAGUUGAACGUGAAAGAGAAAGCCAGUGAAGACACCACAGCGCUCUACUCUGAGAUCAUGAUGUAUGUGCUGCUGGUCUUCCUGACCUUCUGGCUGCUGGUAGAAAUGGUUUACUGCUACAGGAAGAUCUCCAAAUCCGACGAGCAGUCGCAGGACACAGAGACAAACUACCUAGCCCUUCCCUUUGAGCAGAAAGACCGCUCAGCUGCUCCAGUUACCGAAUAAAAGUGAUUGACAGUGACACGGUACUGACCAAUCAUGAUGGGACUUCAGUGUCAUGUGACAGCCUUGUCUAUGCCGUUAUGAAGAUGUCAUUAUUCCUACACUGCCGACUAACUCCCCCCGUGUACUUUGUCCUUUGAAAAGCCAAUCAAAACAUUUAAGUAUGCAAUUUCUAUCUCGCUUUUGCUCAUCAUGUGUAUAUUCGUGACAGGGAACUGAAAUAAGUGCUUUUGCCUUGUAGAUGGGUGCAGAACAAAGUCAGCUUCAAUCACUUGUGAUUGCAGAAAUACAAGCCAUCAGAGUGCAACGAUUUACAGAAUACACAUCAACCACGGCAACUUUUCAAUUCAAAACAACUUCAUUGUAAACACUCAGAAAGGGCACUCAGAGUGCAUACCUCUGCCAGUGGUUAACGCCUUUGCAGUUUUGCGUUGAAGUUUACAUUAUUGCAAAUUUGCAUCCCAUUUUUCCCCACAUUAAUUCCCAUCCACUGUAUGCAUGUAGAUUUCACUGGAACAGAUCACAUCUGCAUCUGGAUGUUGUUUGUGAUGCAAUAUGCAUGAAUGAGAGGGUUCAUUAAGAUAACUGCACUGGAUUUUAAGAAAUUGAUUGAAAUGUUCCAAGUGCUCCAUUUUGUCAUAUUAAAGAAUUCAAAAAGGAAAAAUGAGGAGCUCUAUACUCUGCAUCAACACUAAAAUUUAAUUGCUCAGCCACAAACAUUAUCAGAAAUAUUCUUUAUUUCUAUACCGUUUGGUUGGAUAUCGUGAAAAAAAAUAGUGAAAUU